GCUGAGGGAGCCAAGGACAGGGAUAGUUUCUCUUCUGUAAGCAGAAAUGCGGGUUUUGAUCGGAGGAGGGUCAGGGUUUGUCGGCCGUGAACUCACUAAACUCCUAAAGGUCAAAGGUCAUGAGGUCACUAUUAUAUCGCGACAGCCAGGUCCGGGCCGGAUAACAUGGACCGAUCUGGAGUCAGCUGGUCUUCCUGUGUGUGACGCUGUAGUGAAUCUCGCUGGAGAAAACAUCUUAAACCCAUUGAGACGGUGGAGUGAGAGCUACAGAGCCGAUGUGUUUAACAGCCGACUGAAAACCACCAGGAGUUUAAGUCUCUCCAUCACCUCCACCCCAACCCCCCCUCACUGCUGGAUCCUAAUCACCGGCAUCGCGUGUUACAAAGCGAAUGGAGAGACUACGUAUACAGAGGACAGUGAGUGGACGCCCUUUGACCUUUGGUCUCAGCUGGUGAAGGAGUGGGAGGAAGCAGGACGACUUCCUGAAAACAUCACUAAAAACACCAGACAAGUCGUCAUCAGAUCAGGAGUGGUCCUGGGGCGAGGCGGCGGUGCGAUACAGCAGAUGCUCACUCCGUUCUGGCUCGGUUUAGGAGGAACUUUGGGUUCGGGAAAUCAGCCAUUUCCUUGGAUUCACGUCUCAGAUUUAGCCGGAAUCAUCUCUCACUCUCUGGAUUCGACCCGCGUUCCUGCUUCCUCUCAGCCGGAGGUGUUUAACGGAGUCGCUCCAGCUCUAAACACCAACCGCCAGUUCACACAGGAGCUGGGUCGAGUCCUGAAACGGCCGACGCUACUUCCAGUUCCUGAGUUCUUCCUGAGAGCCGCUCUGGGCCGAGACCGGGCCGUCAUCCUGACACAGGGCCAGAGAGUUGUUCCGAAAAGAACCCUGCAGUCAGGAUUUCAGUUCCAGUAUCCGGAUUUAACCUCGGCACUGCGGCAGAUUCUCUCACGCUAAUCUGAUCUAAACACAGUUUCAUUAAUAUAAACGGAACUCCACCGUGAAUGUUUUUUUGUUGUCUGAGUUGCUAAAUUGCUAGCUGAUUGUGAUAAAUAGCUUGUUAGCUAAUGAGCUAGCAUGCUAUGUCACUAGCAGAGCAAAGUCAGCUAUUAUGUACAUGUUUGUAAUGAGUUGGAAUGAGAUUAGGUUGCUAGCAUUAUAACUAACUAGCAGCAUAAGUAGCUGGCUUUUUACCCAGCUAGGUUGCAGUCUGUUAACUAGUUAGAAAUUUUAAUUUGAUUUAGCAAGCUAUCAGCUGUCAAGUACAAAUAAAGUCAUAAAUAUAA